CAUUAAUAUAUGACCGUAAUAUGUGAGAAGCCGGGUCAUCCGGCGGGGGCUCAGGGGCUCAGUGUCGAGCCGCUGCUCCUCCGCAUCGAGAGGAGCCAGAUGAGGCGGCUGGGGCAUCUGAUCCGGACGCCUCCCCCGGUGAGGCGCCCCGCCGGAAUGAGACCCCGGAGACGACCCAGGACACGCCGGACGGACCACGUCACUCGGCUGGCCCGGGAACGCCGCGGGAUCCCUCCGGAAAAGGUGGAAGAAGUGGCUGGGGAAAGGGAAGUCUGGGUAUCCCUGCCUGAAGCUACUUUCCCCGCGACACGAUGCAGAGAAACUGCGAGAAAAUGGAUAGAUUUGACUUCUUUGGAGCAAAUAUUGGCUGAUCGUUCCUGCAAAAUGUCCAGUCCCGGCCAUCGGCAGCCGAGAUGAUUCCAUUUAUUUGUCUUUCAAAGCCGCAAGGGGGCACUCCACCGGAAAAGGUAAGAGUGAGACCGGUGGAAUAUAUGUGCCGAGGAAGAGACUUUUACCGGUCCGAGCCUGUUAACGCUGCGCUAGCGUGUCCCUGCCGUCUCUCACUGACUUUUACCGGUAUGUUGUUGUUUUUUUUUUACCGGCCCUGUUAGCGCGCACGGCACUAGCGUUAGCGAUACAUAUGCUACAUGCCCUUUUAAUUGUGCUUACUGAUGAAAUGUUUCUACUUCCUGACAGUUUUGAGGAAAACUUUCUUUCUUCCUGCCUGGAGGUGAGGCCUCGUCGUUCACGGCGUGCGCAGGUGAGCUGAAUGCAGAGUUGUUUUGUUUUUUCCAUAUUUUAUUGAUGACAGCUUUUCUAGGCACUUUAUCCGUCACUGGUUCUCCUUCGGCCGCCCUCUCCGCCACCCGUCCUUCCUCCUCCCUGACGUCGUCGCUGCUGGAACUUUCCGUGAAUCCACUCUGAAUGUUGAUUUUGAGAGUAGAAUUAUAUAUUUACGUACACCGUUGAAGGAAAAUAAGUUGUUGGCAUAUGAAAUCACGCAAAGGUCAUUCUUGUAUUUGUCCCUGGGUCACUGUAACUUUUUUUUUUUUUUUUCCAUUUCUAGGCAUUUUUUUUUAUGUUCCGAACCUUCACUCAGAAGCGCUGAACUCCAUUUACGUUGCCUUCUUAAAUGCUUAUUCUUGUCCAAUCAGAUUUGAGCCUCAGCGCGUUGCCGCGUCAGUGUCCUCUUCUCUGGGCCUCCGGGCCUUCAGAAUCGGUAGUUUUGGCCCACGGAACUUCAGCCACGUGACCUGUGGCGUUGUUUUAAUACUCGAUACAAUUUUAAAUUGGCAGCAUUUUUCUGUCCUCCGAUUGGUCGGUUGGUCGGCGCGAAGCAGUUCACGUCAACAAGGAAAACAAAGUUCGUUUUCCAUUUUUUGGAAAUGCUUAUUUUCCAUUCAUGUCCAAGAGGUAGUCUUCAUACGUUUAAGUGAGGCAACUGCGGCGCAUUCAGACUGACUUGAGAAUUGCUUUUACUGUACGUCGUCGCCAUUGUGGCAAGGACAAUUGCUGGCAGCCUCGUGGCGGUUGUUGCGCUCUGGCUCCCCCUGCAGCUAGGAAGAGCGAGCGCACGGGUGGGUGCAAUCGGAAGACGUUUUCUUUGACAAAACAUUUGGUUGUUUGGUUUUCUUCCCUGUGGCCUGUGGACAACGGCACAGAACGUCCUCGCGUGCCGUCCUCCAUCUUUGCUUUGCACUCCGAGUUACACGAGGUGACAUCUUGGCCCCCGACUGAGUGUGCAGCGCGCAAGGAAUCGUUUAUCGGGAAUGUCAUAAGCACGCCGCACCCCGCCAACGGCCCAACGGCCGUCCGUUGCCGAGAUACGAGGCUGUGGACGGAGUCGGAGGAGAAAGGGAAGGACUGCAGCGAGAGUGAAAGAGAGAAAUGGCGCGAUUGUAGACAAAUGAAUGGAGGGGUCAAAAGGUCAGAAUUGUUGCAUCAACUCGGUACGUGGAUGACGUGGUGUGCUUUGGAUUAUGGGUCCAUCUCCAUAGAUGGAGGGAUGCUUUCUCGAGGUCCAGGGUCAAGUGAGGUGAUUGGGGUCGUGGGUCUCCCAAAUGAAACACGGCGGCUCCGGUCGCCCUUUCAUCAUUGAACACUUUGACCUUCUCGAGGCCUCCAAAAAAGCUCAGCCGGGUCGCCGCGCAUUUUGCGUCGGGAUUUUGCAGAAGGCGACCGAAUGGGCGCCGUUGCCGCGGUCGCAACAUUAGGCACGCCUGCGCAGAGCCAACCCGAGAACCGGAUCGCGGGUUCCGCCUUUGCCAAGAUGAAAUCGGGGAAUGGAGGACAUUUAAGACGCUGCUUUUAUUGACUUCAUUUAGCAACGUGAGAUUGGCACCUGUGAGUAGUUACUUAAUAAAUACACGAUUGAACACAUUUACAGUAUAAUAAUGUGUGUGUGUGUUUUCUUUCGGCUUGUCCCUUUCGGGGUCGCCACAGCGUGUCAUCUCAGAUGAACGCAUAUAUAUGUUUGGCACAAUUUUUAUUUCUUUUUUUUUUUUUCUUGUUGUUGCCCUUACUCAGCAAUGCAUCAAUGAUUCAUAACUGCGAGAUGAAUGAAUGUUUGAUUGAAUUACCAAGAGUAGGAUAAACAGAUUAUGGAUAAUUUCAAGAUAAUUGGAAAUAAUACAUAUUUUACAUGGCAGCAUUUUAUUUGACAUGUUCCAUGCGCUACAGUGUUUUGAAUUAAUGAUGAUGACGUUAGUGACGGAUUCAGUUCACGGGUGUACUACAAUGUAAUUAGCUUUUCUUUUUCGAGAAUGUGAGUUGAAUUUGACAUUUGCGAUGAAUUGAAAUGUGUACGUCUCGCGUCGUGAUUUCAUUUCAAUUUGUGCGCGAGUCAUUUGAGCAUCGUAGCAGUUUGCAGGGCCCCUCAAAAGCUCCAAAGUGUGACGCAGGCGCAUUUUGCAGCCCGGGUCAGCGCCGCCGACCCCCACCCCACCCGACCCGCCCGGCGCCGCCGUCACGCGUUCCGCCCGCAGGUGCCAGCUGCCGCUUGGCCGGCAAAUUGUGCGGCAUGGACGCCGCUGGAGCGCCGCAAGAACCGGCACGCCUGGUGGGCUGAUUUGUCCCCGUGGGGGGGGGGGGGGGUGCGUCGGUCCAUGGAGCUGUGCGGUCCCAACACGAGCGACAGCGGGGGCUCCCUCUGCCACGUGAAGCGGCUUCCCCGCCACGCCGCCUCCCUUUGCCGCCUCCCUCCCCCUCGUGCCCGGCCGUCCCGGGUCAACCCGGCGCCCCCCGGAGCCGCCCGGCGGGGCUCCUCCGCCGGGACGGUGCUGGUGACCGGAGGCGGGGGGUACUUCGGCUUCAGGCUGGGGAGGGAACUGGCUGGCCAGGGCGCGGCUGUCAUCCUCCUGGACAUGAGCAAGCCUUCUUGGGACAUUCCCGACGGUGCCGUCUUCUAUCAGGCCGACAUCCGGGAUUAUUCGGCCCUCUUCCACGUAUGCGAGGGUGUCGACUGCGUGUUCCAUUCCGCAUCUUACGGCAUGUCCGGCCCGGAACAGCUGAGGAAAGAGCAGGUGGAGUCCGUCAACGUGGGCGGGACCACCAACGUCAUAAAUGUGUGCAAAGAAAGGAGCAUCCCCCGGCUGGUCUACACCAGCACCACCAACGCCGUGUUCGCAGGGGAGCCCAUUGAAGAUGGCGACGAGGCCUCGGUCCCCCGCGUGCCACCUCACCUGGUCGGCAAGCCCUCGUGUGACUCGAGUCUAUCCAGUCGUGUGUAUCAAAUCCGUUUUGGGACGUUUCAGCACGUUGAUCACUACUCCAGGACAAAAGCCAUCGCGGAGCAGAUGGUCCUCUCUGCCAAUGGAUGCGCCCUCAAAGGUGGCGGCGGCGUGCUGAGGAGUUGCGUCUUGCGGCCUUGCGGCAUCUACGGCCCCGGAGAGCGAAGACACCUCCCCAGAGUGAUGGUGAACGUGGAGCGUCGCUUGUUUAGUUUCAGGUUUGGGGAUCGGCGGGCCAGGAUGAACUGGGUCCACGUGGACAACCUGGUCCUGGCCCACACGCUGGCCGCGGACGCUCUCACCGCCGAGAAGGGCUGCGUCGCCAGCGGCCAGGCUUAUUUCAUCAACGACGGACUUUCAGUUAACCUCUUCGAGUGGUUGACGCCUCUCUUUGAGAAAUUGGGCCAGAGCCGGCCGCCGAUCAGCCUGCCACUUCCUCUCGUCUACUCGGCAGGUACGGCGAACGUCGGACACGUUGAGAGAGUUCUCGCGAAACGCCGAACCUGCUUUCGGACCGCUUUCGUUCUUCUCCCAGCCAUCCUGGUGGAAUACUUGCACAUAUUCCUGAGACCCGUGAUGGACGUGCCGCUCUUGUUCACCAGAAGCGAAGUGAGGAACAUAGCGGUAAGCCACACGUUCAAGAUAGACAAGGCCCGCAGAGAUUUGGGUUACCGUCCCAAAUCCUACAGCCUGGCGGACUCGGUGGACCGCUACCUGGAAUCCCGACGGGGGCCCUCUUGUUCGCCCGCGGUCCGCUGGGCCCGCCGUCUGCACGGGCGCGGCGCGGCGCUGGCGGCGUUGGGAGCUCUGCUGCUGGUGUUGAGCUGCGUGCUGUGGAAGGGCCUCCCCGGCUGACCUCCGACCUCGUGCGCUCGAUAAAAUACGUCGGCAGCGGCCGCGGUCCGACGACGGAGCUUCCGUUUUUUUGCCUCAACAAAGAUAAUGGCGUUGUUUUUCCUUGAUUGGCUUCGUUUGUUUUAUGAAUUGGGUUUAUCAUUUUUAGAUUUCAUUUCUAGUCUUUUAACAUUUCAAAUUCUUCAUUAUUUUUAUUUGAAUUUCAUUUUAUUUUGAAUCAAGAUUUAACUUGUUUGAAAUUUAAUGUCAUUUAAAUGAAAUGUGUACACUUUCUUCA